UUUCUAUGCCUUAGAAUGUGCCUUUUGCCCAUUUAUAGAUAUAGUCUCCAAGCCUUAGCUCUGAAAACCAUUGGAAGUGCCAAACAGACAGUGAUAGACUUGUGGGUUUUGCGUUUGGUAGAGAAUCAAAGGGGUAAGAAAAUGUUAGGGGCAGAGUGCCUCACAAAUCCUCCAGUUUUCAAUGCAAGCGCUGGAAUUGGCCAUGUUGUGAACCUUGGUGGCAUUAAUACCUAUGUCACUGGCUCUCCUUUCUCUUUGCUUGCCAUCAUUCUUAUAUCUGAUGUUUACGGAUAUGGAGCACCUAACUUGAGGAAGAUAGCAGACAAGUCUGCAGCUGCUGGGUUUUAUGUGGCGGUUCCUGACUUCUUACAUGGUGAACCCUUUGUGCGCAAUAAUCCUAACAGGACUAUGCAAGCUUGGUUAAAAGAUCAUGAUCCGGUUAAGGCAUCUGUUGAAGCAAAAUCAUUUAUUGAAGCACUGAAAAAGAAGGGUGUUUCCAAAGUAGGGGCUGCAGGCUUCUGUUGGGGCGGGAAGGUUGCAGUUGAACUUUCUAAGACUGAUUAUAUCCAAGCUUCUGUGCUACUGCAUCCUUCAUAUACCACUGUGGAUGAUAUCAAGGCUGUUAAGGUUCCAAUCUCGAUACUUGGAGCUGAGGUUGAUGGACAGGCUCCACCAAAAGUCUUGAAACAAUAUGAAGAGGUUUUAGCAACAAAGCCUGAUCAUGUUGAUUAUUUCGUGAAGGUUUUCCAAAAUGUUUCACAUGGCUGGACCGUGAGAUAUAAUGAUAGUGAUCCAGUGGCUGUGAAGAGAGCAAAUGAGGCUCAUAAAUACAUGUUGAAGUGGUUUGUUAAGCAUCUUAAGUGAGAAGAAUUUACAGAGAAAGUACUUCAAAGUUACCUAAAGAUUACAACAGUGUGAAACUUUAAAAUUCCAUUUUAUUUUAUUUUUUUGUUUUUCAAUAACAAAAUUAUUCCAAAUUGAAUACACCUACAGCUAUUUCAUUUUUUUUA